UCUCACCACCUUCACUGCAAGAUCUGCCAAAGAAGGAGUCCAGACAGAAGGAGAACCCUGGAUUCCUCAGCUUGUUCAGAAGAAAGAAGAAAAGCCCAGAGCUGGACGGAGCAGCGCCCGGCCUCUCCUGCUGCCAACAAACCGAUGGCGCUCAGUGUGAAUGUGCAGGACGCUUCCUCCUCCAACACUGGGGACACGCCCAAGAAGAGGCGAGCCCCCCAGCCGCCCAUGGGUGUGUCGCUGAGUGUCCCCAACAACCUGAGCACGUGUCACCUCAGGGUGCCUCAACCCUCAACCCUAAGGAGAACCAAAAGGAGGGCCCCACCCCCGCCCUGUGCAAACUCCCACCAGGAGCAGCAGGCGGACACACAGCUCACAGGGCCUGUUGACCCUCUGAACACUCUGGAGGAGCUGAGAGAAAGCGACGAGUCCGACUCCUUAAACCCGUCACUUUCCUCGUCUUCGUCACCAAAUCCAUCACGAACACUGCCCUCCUCAUCCUCCUCUCGACCAUCGUUUGAACCGUGUCUGCCUUCGUUUCGAGGGAAAAACUUUUCAGAAGCCCGCAGCGCUCUCGCCAAAGUCCUGUCAUCUUCUGUUUCCAAGGGAACGCUGGUCAAGCAUUGGAGGAAUUCUGCCACCCUCCCGAAGAUACACCGUAGUUCCUCCUUUCUGACUCAGAGGUUUCCAGAUAACGGCCUUUUCUGCAUCGAACUUGAGUCUGUGCUCAAGUCCAGGCUCCCCACUGAGCCCCAGUGGGAGGAUCCUCUGCAGAGGAAGGGGAUGACCACUUUCAAAGUCGUUCCCCUGAAAAAGCAGAAGUCCCAUGAACCAGAGACGCCUCUGGAUGUUCCAGACCACCACCAGGUAAUGGUAGAAAAUGACCCUGAGAGUGAAGCUCCUCCUGAGGCUGAGAAUAAUCAAUCUGAGCAUGAGGAUGAUUCAUAUUCUCCUCACGGAUCAGACACUGGAACACCUUUGCAGAGGCAGGAGCUCUCUUCCCAAGAGGUGUCUGACGCUCUAGAUUCUCCUCCACCUGCCCAGGAGCCAUCUGAGGCUCCAGACUCACCUUCCCAGGAGGCGUCUGAUGCUCUAGAUUCUCCUCCACCUGCCCGGGAGCCAUCAGACGCUUUAGAUUCUCCUCCACCUGACCAAGUGGCAUCUGAAGCUCCAGACUCUCCUCCACCUGCCCAGGAGCCGCCUGACGCUCCAGACUCUCCUUCCCAGGAGGCAUCUGAUCCUCCAGACUCUCCUCCACCUGGUCAGGAGCUGUCUGGUUCUCCAGACUCUCCUCCACCUGACCAGGAGGCAUCUGACGCACCAGACUCACCUGCACAGGAGCCGCCUGACGCUCCAGACUCUCCUUCCCAGGAGGCAUCUGAUCCUCCAGACUCUCCUCCACCUGGUCAGGAGCUGUCUGGUUCUCCAGACUCUCCUCCACCUGACCAGGAGGCAUCUGACACACCAGACUCACCUUCCCAGGAGCCGUCUGGUGCUUCAGACUCUCCUCCACCUGACCAGGAGGCCUCUCAUGCUCCAGACUCUCCUCCACCUGACCAGGAGGCCUCUCAUGCUCCAGACUCUCCUCCACCUCCUCCAGAGUUAGACGAUCAGAAAAGUACAGUCUCACCUCUUUCUGAGGUUGAGGGCAACGAUGAAAGGCCGACGGAGGAAGAGGAGGAAGAAGUUGUAUUCGAGGUGACUGCAGCUACAGAGUCAGACAAAGUUACCAGUGACGAUCAGAUCAACUCAGACAAUGAGAGCGAAGAUCUUCAGAGUCCUGGUCGAGGGUCUGUGAGUACUAACGUGGACCAGUGGGUCUCAUGUACGGAUGAGACUGAAGAGGAGGACGUGUUUCCUCCUCCACCUCCACCCGUCUUCUUUAAUGAAGACCUAGAAGUCCUUGAAGAGGAGCAAAAAGACGCCACCACUUCUUCUCCUUCCCAACCAUCAAGUCCUGCCUGCAACGGAGAGACCAACGUGUUCAGCAAGGACCAUCGAGACGACUCGGAUGCACCAGAGCCUUCGGACAAGAUGGGCGCGGCUCCAUCAAGAUUUGCACAAGCGGUGGCGUUGGCCGUGCAGAGGUCUCGCCUGGAGAGUCACGGGAAAGCUCUCGACUCUCAGGAUCCCAGUGAUCAGCACAGUGCGCUCCCCUCAGCACCCAGGUCCACGUACCAGUACGGUGCCUGAUGAUCUUCGUCACUCAUCUUCCUCAUCCACCCUCAGUUUUCUGACGAGCAGCAACUGAUUUCUGAUGUUUUUUAUUUUUCUUUGUGCAAGACGCCAUGUUGUGUUGAUUUUAUUUUUGGACUUUACGUUCAGAGGUUGGACGUAAACAUUUAGCUGUUGCGGUGAAGGCCAAAUGUACAGGACACGAGUUUGUUGAACCCACAGCAUCCUGUGUUUUUCUUUUUACUUCCUUUUAAAGGUUCUUUCAACAUGUGCCAAGGGCGGACACACAACUGACGUCAGAGCUGUGUGUGUAAAACAAAAGCAGUGAUAUGAUUGUAAUUAUUGUGCUUGGAUUUAUUAAUUUCUCCCUCAGGAUGUAGAAACAUUUUUUUUAUGCUCUCACACAUGAAGUCGUGCAGUAAAACUCAUGAAGUCGAAUCCAGGCUGGUUUGGUUUUUGGCCACCAGGUGGCAGUAGAGCAUCAUUAAACAGGUUGGGAUCUAUUUAUGAGGUAUUUGUUUUUAUCUGAUAAAUUCUUGUAGAUGCAUGUGACAUAUUCUUUAUAGUUUCAUAUAUAAUAAGUGACUAUUGUUUUUUAUUUACUAUAAAGGA